UUUUCCGACAGCGCGUGUUGUUCCGCAUGUGUUGCGUCUGCCCCCGCCUGUCUGCAUGGUUUCUGGUGGGCUCCUCUCGUCGGAUUGUAGGCUGAUCCAUUCCGUGGCUAAAUAUGAGUACAAGUCCACAAAGAGACCGCGCUGAUGUACGUUACCAGCCACAGCCGACCACUGUCGGCGAUAGCGAUGAAGCUUCCGAAACGAUAUGGAGUUCCCGAAGGGCAUUCUUGCUCAACGUGGGUCGAACAUGCAACGUGAGCCUCGGUAACCUAGGAAUGGGUCUCAUAGUUGCCCUCAGUGGUGUGGCGCUGCUUGAUCUUGGAGAAAUAUACGGCAGCAGCAUAUCAGCCAUCUCUCAAAUGAUUACGACACGUUGUGUCGGGGGCCUGCUUGGAUCUCUUAUCGGAGGGAAGCUGUACGACAAGUACAACACGCAGGUGAUAUCGAUCGUCAUGAUGUCCUUGACCUGCUUGACUGUGCUCAUGAUUCCGAUCAGCGGGUACUUGGCGCUGGCGCAUGUCAUGGUGUUCUUCGAAGGGUUCAGCCUUGGUGCAUUUGGCACAGGUGCGACCGUGUGGAUCAUGAAGAUGUGGCCCCAAAACUCGAGCCCCGCUCUGCAAGCUUUUCACCUAGCCUUCGGCGUCGGCUGCCUCCUGGCGCCCCUCGUUGGGCGGCCUUUUCUGUCUACGCCAAGCAACGGCUCUGCCAAUUGGACGAUACCGAGUAUUAACGUGACCUCGAACGACACCGACGUUGCGCCAAUCGAUCUUGUGGAAAGUGUGAACGAAACAGCGGCUGAUGACGGUCACAGCAAAGUGCACUACGCCUUUGCAAUAGCCAGCGGCUUCCAAUUAUUUCUAGUAAGUUCCAUGGUUGUACUCUACUUUAUCGACGGCGCCAGCUUCAAGACCCAGAGGACAAACGUCGCGGAUGACGCGGCUUUGGACUUGCAAGAAUUGACUGACAGCAGACGCUUCUCCCGUAUAGCGCUUACAUUGCUGUGCGCAUACGGGUGCGUCUACGUAGCCAUUGAGGUCACGACGUCACAGAUGUUGCCAACGUUCGCCGUAAAAUGUGACUUGCACUUCUCAAAGCCACUCGCGUCUGAGCUGGUGGCCGCUUACUUUUUCUGCUUCGCCGCCAGUCGUCUUGCCGCCGCGCUAGUAACAAUCAAGGUGUCGGCCUUCCACGUGCUGGUUGUCUCCCACGUCGCCUUGGUCAUCACGGCUACUGUGUUACUGGGAUGGGGCUCCAGCAACGCCAUCGCACUGUGGGCUGCAAGCGCCCUUGCGGGCAUUGCUCAGGGACCCUUAAACGCAGCAAUGACGGCUUGGGUUGCGGCGCAUAUCAACAUCAGCAACAAGAUGAUGUCGCUUGUGGUGGUUACGGCGGGCAUUGGCUCUCUCUCGCCGCCACUUCUCGUGGGGCAGUUCAUGGACACCAGCCCGAACGUGUUCUCGUACGUGUGCUUCGGAGCGGUGAUGUUAGCUGUGGCUAUAUUUAUCGGCACGUGCAUAUACCUAAGAAAGAAGCCCAGGAAGAACGCUAGAGAAGAUCUUGUCGUGAAGGUCGCUGACGACAGCCCUGAUGACGGGGCACCUUGUGUCUAGGAGAUCUUUGUGUUCUGGCCUGCAGUGAAGACUUUCUUCUUAAAUUAGGGUAGUAAAUGAUUUU